AUGUCAGCACCUGAAGAUUGCGUUGAUAUGGAGAUGGCACGUCUCUGCAUUACAAUCCAAGAUUUCAUGUCAUUCGGAGAGCCCCUUCCUUCUCCUUUGGAGAAAGUUAUCACAAGAGGCGGAAAUGGAUCUGGAAAACCAUACUUCUUCCUUGCAAAAGGCGAUGACAACAUUUACAUUUCUAUCAGAGGUGCAUGCGAACCCGGAGAUUUCGGCAUUUGCUUAGAUUUCGAAAGAGAAAAUUUAGCCAACGGAAAAGCUCACAGAGGUAUCUUAAACGCUGCAAGAUGGGUCAUUGAACAAUGCGACAAAUAUAUCAAUGAAUGCCGUGGAAAAAUCAUUUGCACAGGUCAUUCUUUAGGUGGAGCUGUUUCUUCAAUGAUUUGCUCCAUUUUACGUCUUGAACGCGGAUUGAAGAACGUAUACGCUGUUUCCAUGGCUCCUUUCCCAAUUCUUUCAUCAAAUCUUGUCCAAGAAACAAAGAAAUACAUCAUGUCAUUCGUUUACAACAAUGAUGUUGUACCACAUUUGAAUUCUCGUACAAUCGGAAUGCUCGUAUCUAUGUUCUGUCCACCAGGACCAAACCAAAAUGCUGCAAUGUUGACAGGAAUGAUCAACCAAAUGCUUUUCGGCAUCAUGCAGCAAUCAGGAUACAUGCAGGCAGGUAGCAAUCAGGAAUUGGCACAAAAAUUACCUUCAUUAGUACAAAGAUUACUUCAAAUGUCACAACGCCCUGAAGAAACAGAGUUAUUUAUGCCAGGAUCAUGCUACCACAUACAAGCAACUCCUGACGGAAACGUUACUUUCACUAUUUUCAAUGAAGCAACUCCAUUUAACGUAAUGGCCGUAAUGGGUGGCCUUAUGGACCACAAUAUUACCAACUAUAUAGAUAAUAUCAUGGGUUGGGAUGGCCCUGAAGAAUAA